AUGGCGAACGGUGAAAACAAAUCUUCGUCGGACAUGAAAUGUAUUAUUAUUCAACAAUCAUUUACUGGCAAACGUGAAUUCAAAGUAACAACAACACCGAAACCACCACCGCCUGUUGAUGGAGAAGUGUUGAUUACUGUGAAAGCUUGUGGCAUUAAUUUUAAUGAUGUUCUUGGUCGAUACGGUCUAUUGGAAGAUUUACCACGUCCACCGUUCAUUCCGGGUUUUGAAUGUAGUGGAGAAGUGUUAGAUAUCGGUAGCAAUGUUACUCAUGUUGAAAAAGGUGAUCGUGUACUUGUUUUGACACGUUUUUCAGCAUGGGCAGAGCAGAUCGUUGUUAAAAAGGAUCUCGUUUUCAAAAUCCCAAAAGAAAUGUCAUUCCGAGAAGCAGCUGUUUUUCCUGUUGCUUAUCUCACCGCUUAUAUACUUCUAUUUGAAAUUGGAAAUGUUAAAUCAGGACAAACAUUGUUGUUUCAUUCGGCAGCAGGCGGUGUGGGUGUUGCCUUAACACAACUUGCCAAACUUGUGCCUAAUUUAACUAUCAUUGCAACAGCGAGUUCACAUAAGUUCGAUGCCUUACGCGCUCAUAUUCACUAUUUAUUCGAACAUGAUUUCGACUAUGUCGCCGAUGUGAAAAAAAUUGCACCUGAAGGCGUCGAUCUUGUGCUUGACUGUAUGGCUGGCGACGAUUGUGAGCGUGGCCUUGCUCUAUUGAAAUUUAAUGGUAAAUACAUCAUGUACGGUACAUCGAGUUUACUCAGUUGGGAUGUAAAAAAUCUGUUCGGUUUCACGAAGGGAAUGUCUACUUGGUGGCAAAAUGAUAAAAUAAGUUGUUUACGACUUUUUCAAGAUAGCAAAUCUAUUCAUGGUUUCAAUUUGCUUCAAUUACUUUUACGUGGUUCUAAUGAGACACGUCGUUAUUUAGCUGAUAUUAUGCACAAAAUAUGUAUACGUCCUAUUCAUGUUCGUUUAUCGUAUACAGUAAUCGAACCAUGUCUCUAUAAGAAAUCAGACAAAGUAAAAAAAUUGAAAACGGAUCUGACCAAUGAUGGUCAUUCAAGUUCGACAUCAGGUCCCGAUGAUGACGCCAACGAUGAAGAAGAUUUAGAUGAAUUUCAACAGAUUUCGUCGUCGAGCUCAUAA